AGCCGGAAAUCGAGGCUCAAAAAUCCAGUGAACCUGCCUCGACCCGGCCCCAGUUUGGUAAUCGAUUCCUGUCCGAAGGUGACGACGUGUUCCAGCACAAUGCUUGGUAGGAUAUCUCGACUCCUGGUUCUCGUUCGCAGCAUAAACCUCCGGCACCGAUCGUCCAUGCCACGGCUUCCAUUCGGUCCGGAUUAUGAGCAUACACGGCACCGAAAGAAGCCUGCUGGUGGUGGCGAUCGGUUCCUGCGUGAUCCCACGCAGGUUUUCGAUUACAACUCAUGGGAUAACAUCGAGUGGGAUGAAGAGCAGGAGCAGGCAGCAUUGGAUGGAGUGAAGAAGAACUCAACAGUGAAACUGUCCCAGGAGGAGGUGAAGCGAUUGUCCACGGAGGCUGACCAAAACUGGGAUCGUUUCUACGGCAUCCAUCAGAACCGGUUCUUCAAAGAUCGCCACUGGCUUUUCACCGAGUUUCCCGAACUGGCACCGAAAGCACAGCCUGGCAGUGAUGUACCCCAAAGAGUACUACCGGGAGGCGAAGUACAAAUGAAAGGCGGCACUGUGCAGCCGUUGGAACCGUGCGCACGAAGGACCAUAUUUGAAAUCGGAUGUGGUGUUGGGAAUACCGUUUUUCCGAUACUUAAGUACAGCGAUGAGGAUAACUUGAUGGUGUAUGCGAGCGAUUUCUCCAAUCAGGCAAUCGAAAUUCUGCGCCAAAGCCCGGACUACGACACGAAACGGUGUCAAGCGUUCGUGCUUGAUGCGACGGCCGAUCGGUGGGAUGUUCCGUUUGCGGAAAACAGUAUCGAUAUCGUGGUACUGAUCUUCGUUCUUUCUGCGAUCGAUCCGGAACGGAUGCAGCACGUGGCUAAUCAAAUUGCACGUUACCUCAAACCGGGCGGAUUGCUGUUGCUACGGGACUAUGGCCGGUAUGAUUUGGCGCAGCUACGCUUUAAACCGGGCAAAUGUUUGAAGGAAAACUUCUAUGCGCGCGGUGACGGGACGCUCGUGUACUUCUUCACGCAGGACGAUCUGCGAACGCUGUUCUCAAAGGCGGGUCUCAUCGAGGAGCAGAACAUUGUCGAUCGAAGGUUGCAGGUUAACCGAGGGAAGAUGAUUAAAAUGUACCGCGUGUGGGUGCAGGUCAAGUUUCGCAAACCAUCAACAGCAUAAGAAUGCUGU